CCAACCUUCCCCCACCUCCAUUCUUCUUGAUCACUAUCUCCACGUACCCUUUUCAUUUCUCUUUAGACCCCCAAGAACAUCAACAUGUCUGAACUUUCUUUCUCCUCCAAGAACUCAAAUUUCUCUAGCAUUGAUCUCCUAGCUGACUUCUUCCGUGUCUGUUUCUUCAUUCUGUCCCAUCCUUUGUACUUUUCUUACUUCAUAUUUUUCUCACCAUACCUCCUCAAGCUUCUGUCUUUCCUAUCUCCUCUGUUUGUCACCACUGCUCUACUUGUCCUAGCUUACCUCACUGUCUCUCCCAACUCCACUUCUGAUUUGCCCAAGAUCAAGGUGGGUACUUGUUGCCUUGUCACCACUUACCAAACUGUUGUAGCAAAAUUGCAGUACCCUAAGGUGGAUCACAGCAAUGGUGAUGAUCAUGAAGAGUUUGGAUCUUUUGAGGAGCUUGAAGUGUAUAAGAUUGUGUUUGACACAUCUAGCUUGGAAGUUAGGGAGAGCCCAGUUGAGGAAAUGAGCUCAGAAGAAGCCUCUGAUGCACCAAUUGAUCAAAGUUACAGUCUUGGAGGUAAUGGCAGUAUUGGUUAUUUCUUGGAAGCUGCAUGUGCAAUUUUAGAAGAAAUUAAAGAGAUAUCAGUUGAGGAAAUGAGUUCAGAGCAAGCCUUUGAUGCACCAAUUGAUGAAAGUUCCAGUCUUGAAGGAAGUAGCACAACUGGUCAUAUUUUGGAAGGUGCAAGUGCAAUUUGGGAAGAAAAGGAAGAGAACCAAGAUGAGAAAAACAGCUCAGCACAAGUGUUUGAUGCAUCAUUUGAUGAAAGAUCCAGUCCUGAAAGCAGUGAAAGUUCUGGUUAUUUCUCAGAAGCUUCAAGUGCAGCUGUGGAACAGAACCCAAUUGAGAAAAAAUGCUCCUCACAAGUCUCUGAUGCACCAAUUGAUGGGAAGUCCAGCCCUGAAGGCAAUGGCAGUACUGAUUAUUUCUUUGAAGCUUCAAGUGCAGUUUUAAAGGAAACUAGAGAGAACCUAGUUGAGAAACAAUGCUCAUCACAAGUCUCAGAUGCACCAAUUGAUAAAAGUUCCAGUCUUGAAGGCAAAGGAAGUACUGGUAAUGUGUUGGAAGCAGCUAGUGUAAUUUUGAUUCAAAAAGCAGUUGAGGAAGAGAAAGAGGUCAAGCCCCUGAGCGCAUACUUCGAUAAAGUUGAAGAUGGAGAAGAAAAAAGAUUAACUAGGAGAGAAUCCAAGGAUAGAGAUUUGGGUGCUAAUGAUGGAGGAUUUAGAUCCAAAUCCAUGGUGAUUAAGUCCCAAUUUCUAGGAUCAAACCUUGGAAGUCCUGGUGAGAAAGCUAUGGAGGAUUCUCAAAUUAUGGGUCCAAAUCUUGGGAGUUUUGGUUCAAUGAGAAAAGAAAAAGAGUGGAGGAGGACAUUGGCAUGCAAGCUUUUUGAGGAGAGGCAUCAUAAUGUGGAUGGAGGAGGUGAAGGAAUGGACAUGCUUUGGGAGACAUAUGAUGAAACAGAAUCAGGUAAAGCUCUGCAGGGAAUCAAGAGCAAGUCAAAGAAGCAGGGGAAGAAGAUCAAUGGCAAUAAGAUUGACCACAAUGAGGUGGAUGGCGAUGAUGGUGAAGAGGAAGAAGAUGAAGAAUUGGAUAACGGGCAACUGUGCUGCUUGCAGGCAUUGAAGUUCUCAGCAGGGAAGAUGAAUUUGGGGCAUAUGGGAAGGCCAAAUCUUGUCAAGAUUACAAAGGCACUCAAAGGGUUUGGAUGGUUGCACCAUGUAACCAAGCAUAGCAAGAAAGGGUACCAUUGA